CGGGUGCACAAACUUAUUCCUACAUCAGCACACAGUGUGUUAGCGGUGAUUCUCAGGAUGAGGGAGAUCGUUCACAUCCAGGCUGGACAGUGUGGGAAUCAGAUCGGAGCAAAGUUCUGGGAGGUGAUCAGUGAUGAACACGGCAUCGACUGUAGUGGAGCUUAUCAGGGAGACAGUGAACUACAGCUGGAGAGGAUCAACGUCUACUACAGUGAAGCUUCAGGGGGGAAGUAUGUGCCACGUGCCAUCCUGGUGGACCUGGAGCCAGGUACCAUGGACUCAGUCCGCUCAGGUCCAUUUGGACAGAUCUUCAGGCCUGAUAACUUUGUGUUCGGUCAAAGCGGUGCAGGGAACAACUGGGCAAAAGGGCACUACACUGAGGGCGCAGAGCUCGUGGACUCGGUCCUGGACGUGGUACGUAAGGAAUCGGAGAACUGCGACUGCCUGCAGGGUUUCCAGCUCACCCACUCUCUGGGUGGUGGCACGGGUUCGGGCAUGGGCACGCUACUCAUCAGCAAGAUCCGUGAGGAGCACCCAGACCGCAUCAUGAACACCUUCAGUGUCACACCAUCACCCAAAGUGUCCGACACUGUGGUGGAGCCCUACAACGCCACGCUGUCCAUCCACCAGCUAGUGGAGAACACGGACGAGACCUUCAGCAUCGAUAACGAGGCGCUGUACGACAUCUGCUUCCGCACGCUAAAGCUGACCACGCCCACCUACGGCGACCUGAACCACCUGGUCUCGGCCGCCAUGAGCGGGGUCACGACCUGUCUGCGCUUCCCCGGGCAGCUCAAUGCUGACCUGCGCAAACUUGCCGUCAACAUGGUUCCCUUCCCUCGCCUGCACUUCUUCAUGCCUGGAUUUGCUCCCCUGACCAGCAGGGGGAGCCAGCAGUAUCGCGCUCUGACGGUCCCCGAACUGACACAGCAGAUGUUCGACGCCAAGAACAUGAUGGCGGCGUGCGACCCCCGGCAUGGGCGCUACCUCACCGUGGCGGCGAUCUUCCGUGGCCGGAUGUCCAUGAAGGAGGUGGACGAGCAGAUGCUGAGCGUCCAGAACAGAAACAGCAGCUACUUCGUGGAGUGGAUCCCCAACAACGUGAAGACGGCCGUGUGCGACAUCCCACCCCGGGGGCUCAAGAUGGCCGCCACGUUUAUCGGAAACAGCACAGCGAUCCAGGAGCUGUUCCGGCGCAUCUCGGAGCAGUUCACCGCCAUGUUCCGGAGGAAGGCGUUCCUGCACUGGUACACGGGGGAGGGCAUGGACGAGAUGGAGUUCACCGAGGCCGAGAGCAACAUGAACGACCUGGUCUCUGAGUACCAGCAGUACCAGGACGCUACUGCUGAGGAAGCUGAGGAGUACGAGGAGGAUGAGGUGGAGGAGGAGGAAGACGUGCGCCAAGAGGUUCACCACUAGGCAGUCCCCCAAUCAUGUCCUCACAUAAGGACCCCCAAGGACUUGGUGUUAAGCUAGCUAGAUCGAGGUUCUGUAGGUGAAGUUUAGCUGCUACUACUCGUCUCACCAGCAACCAAACUAGCUAGCUAUAAAGAAACCUAGCAAUUUCACUAGCCCCUAUGUGUGAUGCUAGCUAGCUUGCUAUAAUUAUAGCUAUACACUUAUUUAAUGUGCCUGCUCCUUACUUCCAUCACAGCUUGUAAGGGUAAUCACCACGUCUUCCACACUGCAAUACUACAGGCUAGCAUACAUCAUAGCAAAUAAUGUCAUGUUUAGCCAGAAAGUGCAAUUGAAAACGCAGCCGCUACUCGUGUACUCACAUCAGCGCUAAGCUAGGAUUUUGGAACUGCAGCUAGAAUGUGCUAAAAUAAACAAAUAUCAGAUAAACUGUCUAUGUCUUUAUUUACUUUAGCAUUAGCUUUAGCGUGUUAGCAUUUAGUGUUUAUUAAGAAUCAAAACUAUAAACGUCCAGCUGCAUUAAAACGUAAGCGGACCAACACUCAACCCCUGACGAAAAUGAAGGAAUCAACACACUUAGAGGAUUUAUAAAUAGAUGACUGG